ACGAAGAGAAGUCGCAGCUCAACGGCAACCCAGCUUUUGAAUUGUCGUUUGGAGAUAAUCCUCUUGCGUCGUUUCCCAGUUUCACGGAUUUGUUACCUUUCUCGUGAGGAAUCCAUGUUCUGCGGGUGUUGAUUUUUUAGUGGAUAUUGUGAUGAUCAGUGGCUCGAUUACUGCUUGGGUCAGUGACCUUUUUGCUUGCAUAGGUAGGUGCCAUUACGCUUCUUUGACAAUAUUAUUUGGAUAAUCCCUUACUCCUUGGCUGCAUUGAACAUCGAGAGCAAUGAGUUGAGGCUUAUUAUCUUCCGAUUGCUGUUAAGAACAGAAAUAUAAUGAGCAGUAGUUGUUUUGGAUGUCGCCUGAAGCCUACACCAAUUAUAGCUGUGGAUGAGCCAGCAAAAGGACUAAGAAUUCAGGGGCAGACAGUGAGGAAACCAGCCAUAUCAGAUGGUUUCUGGAGUUCGAGCACAUGUGAUCUGGAUUACAACACUGUUCAAUCUCAAAGAAGCAUGACCUCUGUCAGCACAUUAAACCAACUUUUCUAUCAUAGCAGUGAACUUUCUCCCACAGGCACCCAUCCUGAAUUUGUGAACCAAGGUCUUCUUCUCUGGAAUGAGAGCAGGAUUCAGUGGGUUGGAGGUAGCAGAUCUAAGAAGCAGAGUAAACAGAAACAAGAACCCAAACUUGAUGAUUCUCAUUCUGUUGGUUGCAGCUGGGAUGCAACUUAUGAUAGUUUGCUUGGGACUAAACAACGUUUUCCCAGGGCUGUACCUUUGUCUGAAAUGGUUGAAUUCUUGGUGAAAAUUUGGGAGCAUGAAGGGAUGUAUGAUUGAGACUGAUUGGGGCUACCGAAGCUGCUUCUGACUUUCUUUUUAUUAAAAUGCAAUCUUUAACUGGUGAAAAGCUUUAGUACAUACAUGUGAACAGAAGGUUAAAGAAUCAAACACACGUUUGUCUUUUGAUUGUAAUAUCAGAAGGACAAGAACCUACCUUUCUUAGUCCUUGAAAGGUGCCGUGACCGUAAAUUAUUUGAUUCUCCACUGAUUGUAUAGUACCACUCUGGUACUCUUGAAAGGGUGAAAUAGGAAUGAAAUAAUACUGUUGACUAUUGAGUACUGAAUGGAUACAAAGAAUUUAGCAUAUCAAAUUGAUAAUCA